AUGCUCGCCGCCCAAGCCCCAGCCACGCACCACGCCGCGUCGCCCGCCCAGGCGUCUGCCGGCUCGCGCGUGCCCUCGAUCCGCAAUGUGCUCACCUCGGGCCAGCACGAUGUCGACGUCUCGCGCCUGACGGCGUACAGCGAGAUGCCGACGCACAUCCCUGAGUCGGCGCCGACGAUCUGGCGCGCCGAGGACUACCGCGGUGACGAGAAUCGGCACAAGUGGAUCCGCAUCUGGACGGCGCAGGAGAUCGAGUGGCUCGAGACGGCAGCCAAGGCGUGGAAGGCGAGCGGGCGCUCGCUGACUGAGAUUGAGCGGGCUUCCUUCGACCUGCCGGCUCAGCUGGCGGAGGACCUGACUCGUCUGCGCUACGACGUACUGCUCAACGGCAAGGGCUUCUACAUGUUCAAGGGCCUGCCCGUGCAGCGCUGGGGCACGGAGCUCACCGCCAUUGCGUACCUCGGCAUCGGCGCGUACCUCGGCAACGCCGUGUCGCAGAACGGCAAGGGCCACCUGCUCGGCCACGUCAAGCAGCUCGACGGUGCCGACCCCACGCAGAUCGCGACGACGCGCAUCUACAAGACCACGGCCCGCCAGUACUUUCACACCGACUCUUCCGGCGGCCUCAUCGGCCUCGUGUGCCUGCAGACGGCGCAGACGGGCGGCGAGUCGGACAUUGUCAGCACGCAGGCAGUGUGGAACGACCUGCAGGAGAAGCGUCCGGACCUGGCCGAGGAGCUGGCGUCGCCGACGUGGCACUUUGACCGCAAGGGCGAGGUGUCGGAGGGCCAGCGCCCCUUCUUCCAGAAGCCCAUCUUCUACCUCGUCAAGGGCCAGCCGGCGGAGCGUGUGGCGGCCCACUGGGACCCCUACUACGUCUGGAGUCUCGGCCGCCACGUCGAGGCCGGCCUCAUCCCUGAGCUGUCGGAGCGCAAGAAGGAGGCCAUGACGGUGCUCGAGGAGACGGCGCAGCGCCUCAGCCUGCACAUGGAGCUCGAGAUUGGCGACCUGCAGCUCGUGUCGGACCAGCAUGUCCUGCACGCCCGCACCGCAUACCAGGAGCGCCCAUACCCGGAGCCGCGGCGGCACCUGCUGCGUCUCUGGCUCUCGACGCCCUCGUCCGAGGGCGGCUGGCUCCUGCCCAACGAGCACAGCAACCACCCGCGGCGCGGCGGCAUCCAGGUCAACCAGCAGCCGGCAACGUGCCCGCUUGACGCCGAGUAG